AUGUCAACCGCAUGGGAUAACGCUCGUCGACAUGCUAGAGCGUUAGAGACUGCUUUAGGGACGAAACUCUCCACUUAUUCCCGUUUAGCAGCGGAUAUCUCUAGGUCGGCAGGGGGAAGUAGGGAAAGAGAAGAUAGGGAGGAGUUGGAUGAGGGAGAGGGAGGUUAUAAGUUGCUCGAACAAGCUAUAGACGAUUUGAUGACACUCAUAAACUCUCCUUCUCAACCACCUUCAGCUUCUAUGCAACAUGCGGCUCAACGACAUCGAGAUAACUUAGAUGAUUAUCGAAGAGAUUUUCUCAGGACAAGGAACAAUGUCGAAGCUGCUGUAGCUCGUUCUAACCUACUCGGAUCAGUGAGAAAAGAUAUCAACGAUUACAAAUCUGCCUCACCUUCCCAAACAGACGCUUUAUUGGCAGAUAGAGGUAGAAUAGAUUCUUCACAUAGGAUGAUUGAUGAUACUCUCAAUCAAGCAUAUGCCACCAGAGAAGAUUUCGCACAACAACGUACUUUUCUCGCUCGAAUAGAUUCCAGACUCGGUGGAGUACUCUCUCAAAUACCAGGAAUCAAUUCUCUCAUCUCUAUGAUACAUUCCAGACGUAGGAGGGAUAGUAUCAUCGUUGCUUGUGUCGUGGCGUUUUGUGUUUUGUUAUUAUUAGGUUACAUGUUUGGGUUUUGA